CCCCGCCCGCUUCCACCCCCCAGGGGGCGGAGCCAGGACGAGUUUUGACCCCGUGGAUCAAAGAUUGUGGAUCCAAGAGUGGCCAGAUCUGGACUCAACAUGGCAGCCGUGUUCAGGCGAAGCUGCAGGAUCCUGAGAAGUAUUUCUCAUUUCGACUGGAGAUCACAACAUACAAAAGCAGCUGUGAAACAUGAACCAGGACUGGGAUUUAGUUUUGACUUGACUGAGCAGCAGAAAGAAUUUCAAGCUACUGCUCGUAAAUUUGCCAGGGAAGAAAUAAUACCAGUUGCAGCAGAAUAUGAUAAAACUGGUGAGUACCCUGUACCUCUAAUUAAAAGAGCCUGGGAACUUGGCUUAAUGAAUACACACAUUCCAGAGAGUUGUGGAGGUCUUGGACUUGGAACUUUUGAUGCUUGUUUAAUUACUGAAGAAUUGGCUUAUGGAUGUACCGGGGUUCAGACUGCUAUUGAAGCAAAUUCUUUGGGACAAAUGCCCGUUAUUAUUGCUGGAAAUGAUCAACAAAAAAAGAAGUAUCUGGGGAGGUUGACUGAGGAGCCAAUGAUGUGUGCCUAUUGUGUAACAGAACCUGGAGCAGGCUCUGAUGUAGCUGGUUUAAAGACCAAAGCAGAAAAAAAAGGGAAUGAAUAUAUCAUUAAUGGUCAAAAGAUGUGGAUAACCAACGGAGGAAAAGCUAAUUGGUACUUUCUUUUGGCACGUUCUGAGCCAGAUCCUAAGGCUCCUGCUAGUAAGGCCUUUACUGGGUUUAUUGUGGAAGCAGAUACCCCAGGAGUACAGAUCGGAAGAAAGGAAAUAAAUAUGGGUCAGAGAUGUUCUGAUACAAGAGGAAUUGUCUUUGAAGAUGUGAAGGUGCCUAAAGAAAAUGUUUUGAUUGGUGAGGGCGCAGGUUUCAAGAUUGCAAUGGGAGCUUUUGAUAAAACCAGACCUCCAGUAGCAGCUGGUGCUGUGGGACUUGCACAAAGAGCUUUGGAUGAAGCCACCAAGUAUGCCCUGGACAGGAAAACUUUUGGAAAGCUACUUGUAGAGCAUCAAGGGAUAUCAUUUUUGCUGGCUGAAAUGGCAAUGAAAAUUGAACUAGCUAGAAUGGGUUACCAGAGAGCAGCUUGGGAGGUUGAUUCUGGUCGCCGCAAUACCUAUUAUGCCUCUAUAGCAAAAGCAUAUGCUGGAGAUAUUGCAAAUCAGAUAGCUGCUGAUGCUGUACAGAUUUUUGGUGGCAACGGAUUUAAUACAGAUUAUCCUGUAGAAAAACUAAUGAGGGAUGCAAAGAUCUAUCAGAUUUACGAAGGUACAUCACAAAUUCAAAGGCUUAUUAUAGCCCGUGAACACAUUGGCAGAUAUAAAAAUUAACAAGAUUACUAUAGAACAUAGUUAAUCAUUGUGUAUUUACAACACAAUCCAUUAAGCUGCAGAAAAAUAAGAGGGCUUUCAUAUUUUUCUAGUAAAAAUUUCUAAAUAUGUACUCUUAUGCUAAAUCAAUCUAUGCAACUAUUGUAAUAUUUUCUACAAAUAUUAUUUUAUUUAACUAUGUCUAACUUUUUCUCAGAUUUGGUUUCAUUAAAAAUAUUUUUUGUCCUUAGUACUUCCAUAAUGAUAUUAACAUAGAAAAAUACAUUUGUUUUACAAUUUUGACCUCUUAAAAGUAACAGAAAUUUCCAAUGACAAAUAAAUGAGCAUAUAAAAGUAUUCAGCUUACCCAAAAUUUCUAUUAGAAAACUGUAUUAGGAUUUGGACACUGUUAAAUAAUUUCUUGAAUGCUUAAUGAAAUUAUAUUAAAAGAAGUUAAUUUUAAUAUAAUUAAGGAGGCAGUUGUUUUUAAUUUGAGACAGUAAUUAUCAAAAAUGUAAGGUCCCUAGUCCAUUAUACAACAAUCAGAAGAUAUUUGAAAUGUUACUUCUUUCUGAGUCCACAUUUCACUUGCCUUAUUAUAUAAUCAAUAAAGUGUGGCUUAAAAUA